AAGAAUGCCCACCUCUGCCAACGAUCGAGUUUGCUGAUGUUACUGCUGAAAGGUAUCCACUGGGGACCAGACUCUAUUACGAAUGUGUCAGUGGCUACAAGAGGAGAAGUGGCCAGUACUUGGGAAUUCGGUGUCAGAAUACACAGCAGAAGACUUCAGGGGACUACAAGGGACUUGCUUCUUGGGACUACAAGGAGUUUGAAUGCGUUGAAGAAAAAAUUUUGUUGUCUACGGCUCCCUUGAUGGAGUUAAAUUCUACGCAGAAGCUGGAAAGAAAUACACAGAGCCCUAUGUCUCAGAAGAGAGAAAACCUUUCAGAGUCUAACCAGAAAGAUUUUUGUGGUCCUCCCAGGACUGUUCCACAUGCCUCUUUAAGCCUGAACAGACGGUAUUAUGUGGGACAAGUACUAUAUUUCAAAUGCCAGAGCGGUUACGAUAAGCGACCCCCGACCUCUGGCACCCGCAGCUGCAAGAAGGUGAAUGGCAAAAUCAGGUGGACCUCACUUCGCAUGCGAUGCGCCAAUGACAGCAGCUACAGCGAUGAGUGGCUGCCACAGACUACAGAACCAGGUAUGAUGGUUGCUUUGGUAUCACAUCAAUGUCAUGACCUAUUCCUGCAGGGUCUGGACCCCCCAGCUCAGCUCAUCACACCUGCUUGA